AUGCAUGACGUUGCGGAGGAGCACAUUGGAGCUUCUAUUAGGCGGCCAGAGGAGGCUCCGUGGGGGGCGUAGCAACGUCCAAGUGCGCCGCCCAGAAGAGUGGCAAAAGUUGGGGACAAGGCUGACUUAGUUGCUCAACACGGCUGAGUGAAGACACAUCUCCACGCGUGGACUAAAAGACCUCGAGCUUCCUUUUAAACACACCGACCACCGCUUUUAAAAAAAGGCCCUGCGAGUGAAAUUAGAAGCAUCCAGCUCCAGGAGACCCCUGAAAUUCUGCAUCCAAACACCCCGGAACAUCAAGUCCAUCAUGGAUUCGCUCAUUUCGCUUCUUUGCCUCGCUGUGGUUGUCUCGGCUUCACAUCCGAUGUGUGAUCCUGUGGAGGUAAGCGACAAUUCCUGGAUCUACGUGAGGGAGAUGCAACUCGGCUGCUGGACCAGCUUCGUGGGACAGGACAAGGCCGAGGUCCACAUACUGAAGCUCAACUUUGCUGCCACGGACGUCAAGAUGUUCUCUCUGGAGAUGACUGACGCCAGACCAAUGAACCUGAUCAUCACGUCACGGGACACGGCCCAUGGUCUAUACAAGAUCAAUGCUGGUGUCAACAUUUAUAAAAGCAAUGCCUCAACACUAGUGUUGCACGCCAGCGAGCCUCAUAGCAACGUCCAUCCCAUCGACUUCCCCGGUGAGGACGAGGAGCUGCUGAGGUGGGCCACCCGCAGGUUCGGCGGCGUCACUUCCUUCACCACCGUGGAAAAUCUCAAAGUGCUGCUCUCCAGGCCCACAGAAGGAACAAAAGGUGGUUCUGGAGAAUGCGUGCUCCACAGCGAAGAUCCGUCUGAAAAGCACUUCAUAAAGAUUGAAGCCACGCCCUUGACGUCUUCAUUCAAGUCCUGCUCUCCCCCACCGGAGCCGGAGAAGCAGCAGCCACGCGGCCCCACUGUCAAUGACGAGGACGCCGCAUCGGAGCUUCAUAUCAUCAAUAUCCCAGAGGAUGCCAAUAUUCGCAACCUGUCUGUUCGCGUGGACACGAGAAAGUCCAGCGUGUUCUUGAGGGGUCCUCGCGGCACCACGUGGACCGUCCUCAACCCGCAGCACACCAAGUUCUGUUCCAACAAUGAGAUUGUGCUGCCCGCCAUGACCCAUCGAAUUCAGCCCUUGUUUGAGUUGAGCAGUGACCAGGCGGAGGACGUGCAGAGGAAGGCUUUGGAUUAUUUUAAGGCAGACACCUUCACGAGCUACACCGAAAUGAGGCCCGAGGGCUCCCAGUUGUUGCUGGUGCUUGGUCGAGACACCCCAGCAGUAACAGAAACAGUAACAGAAGCUAUGUUGUCAACCACGACGGAGCCUCAUCAGAUGCCUCUGCUGAUGCAGCUCUACACGUCACCUGAUUUUCACUCGCCCCUGGACCCCAAUACCAAGGUGCAGAGUGACAAGAGAAUCUAUGCCGAGAUUUCGGGGCACACUCUGGGCGAUAUCGUCCUGACCAUCAAAGUGAUGAGCUGCUUCGUGCACUCCAAAGGCUCCUGCCCGGUAGUACAGGAGCUCCCCUUCAUACCAGAGUUCUGCUCGUCAAAUUUAUGUCCCACCAGCACACGACUGAGCUUCUCCUUGGAUCAGCUGCAGGAGCUCAGCUCCACCACUUGGGACCUGGAAUGUUCUGUCAAACUGUGCUACAGCGAGAAAUGUGGCGAUGGAGGACGAGUGAAAAGGAACUUGGAGGUUACCCAGCCUUGUCAACAAACGCUCAACACUCCCUACUUUGAUUUUGGCCUCCCCGGCGUCCUGGGCAUCGCCUUUGGAGGCUUCCUGAUAGGAGUGUUACUAAUUGGAGCGCUGUGGUUUAUCAAAAUAAAAACAGGCUACCCGACUGGAUUGGACAUGGCCUCCUCCCUGUCUUCCGGCUGUCCCUGCUCGGGAGCCAAGCAGCAGCCCUCGUCGUCAAACCCUUCCGCCUCAGAGAACAGCAGCGCUAACGCGAGCAUCGGAAGCACGCAGAGCACACCCACCAGCAGCAUGGCGUGAGAUUCGGGCGAGCACAUCACCACCACCAGCGGAGACGGAUUUGUCCAAACCCCUUAAAGUUAGUUACGUUUAGUUUUCUUUCACAAAGAGAGAAAACUAAACCCAAUCCAUCCCUUUUUAUUUUUUUAAAUUAAAAUUCCUCAUAUUUGAUAUACAAGCCUGGACUUGAUGCAGUCGGGCUGUUUGUCUUGUCGGCUGGCGGUGUCUAAUGGAUGGCGUGUGACGCUCACCUCUGCGGUCUCCCUUUAAAGUGCGGUUUCCAGACAGGAAGUUAAAGAGGGCAAGAGGAAAAGAAAAACAAAUUGGCUUCCAGCAACAGGAAAAACAAACCUUGUCUUCCCCUGAGAGCUAGCAGGAAAUUCACCGCAUUCCUCCACCAAUUGUGACGGUUGCGAUCGCCGGCGCAAUCAAAGUCGGGACGGCGGGAGAUGAAGCGAACGACAGAGAUGGAAAAAGGCUAGCUGACUGCGUCCACACGGUUAUCGAAACAUCUUAAACACUCCCUGAAAGAGGUAUCUGUCUCCAUAUUUCCCAUCGCCCUUUAUGACAUAUUUGAUGCUAACGACUAACAGCUCGUAGGCGGGAGAUGAAACAGAAAGACCAACAUAGGAAAAACUACUUGUUGCAUCCUAUCGGUUAGUGUUACUUCUAGUACCUCACCUAAGGAGGUAUUUGUCUCUGUAUUUGUUUCCAUAUUUUCAUUCAUCCAUUUUGAUCAUAUUUCCUGUUGCCCUUUAUAACAAAUUUGAUGCUAACUGCUAACAGCUCUUUUAUCAGCUUUUCAGUGGAAGGGAGAUGAAGCAAAAAGGCAGACGUGGGGGAAAAAAAACAGCUAACUGCGUCCAAAUAGUUUGCAAAAACCUUGGUUAGUUACGUCUAAAAAAAUGUCUGUAUUCAUAUUUUCCAUUGGCCUUUUUUGUUAAUUUAAUGCUAACUGCUAACAGUUCUUAUUUUAGCUAUUUGAGAGAUGGGAAAUGCAGCGAAAAAGCCAACUUGGAAAAGAAAAGCGUUGUUCUACUAGCUGCAUUCAAACAGUUAGCAAAACGUCUAAAUCACUUCCUGAAAGAGAUAUGUCUCCAUAUUUCAUAUUGCCCUUUAUGACAAAUUUGCAAAACGUCAGUGAGGUAGCUAAAAACACACCCUAAAAGCAGGAACUGUCUUUGUAUUUCCUGUCGCCACCACUAACGCCUCUGAUAUUAGCUUAUACCGCUGAAGGAAAAAAACAUUCAAGGAUCACUUACUGAAGGACUCUUGAAGGUAGCAAUCUAUUAGUCAAUGUUAGGAAAUGCAACGUUAGGAAAUGUAGCAUUUGUCAGUUAGCACAACACAACACAGAACGUUGAACACUGCCUCAGUCGGCUGCUGGACAGAGGGAUUGGUGUAAAUGUAUGUUAAAGCUCUUUUUUUUUUCACAAUUGCCUGUAUUACAAAAAUGUAUAAAAAUAUAAUUGCAGGCAAUGUAAAAAAACCAAAAAAAAAAAACGUUAUCAUCGCCUAUUACUGUUACAGCCUGCAAUAUGAUUUUAAUGACUUAUAUUCAUGUAAUAGAUGUAAGCAGUAAAUUCCCGCUGGUUGCUUUCAACAAUUCACUCUCCCUAACAUGUAACUGAUCAGUGGCAUCCAUAGCAAGACUGCAUUUUGUCACUGUCCAAUGAAAAGCAUGCAUCUACUAUGUUUUUUCUCUCCUUUUGUUUGGAAAAACCUAGAAAAGUCAUGUUUGUUGUUUUUCCAAAAACAAACAAGUCACAUUGGUUGUGUUUAUGAAAAACAAUGAAGUCGUAUUUUUAUAUAUAUAUAAUGGGAAAAAAACCCAUAAAUAUUUGUCUGGUUUUUGUAAACAUAAAGAAAACUUAUUUUUCUGAAUAGCUGAUUGUUUAUUUUCCUCCAAUUUUUCUGUCACAAGAAAAGUCACAAGAUUUUUCAGGCAAAAAAAAAAAAAAGUCCCAUUAGUAGUUUUGCAGAAUAAAAAUGUAAAAGUAAAUAUUUUUGUUUGUCAGAAAUCAAGCUAAUUUCUUCUUUUAAAAACAAGUCAUACUUUUUCCCCCUGAAAAACAGACAAAAGUGUUUGUUUUUGAGAAAAACAAAGAAAAGACAUUGUUUUCCCCACCAAACCAUGUUCCAAAUAACAAAGAAAACUUUUUUUUAAUCUUCAACGUUUUAGACGAAAAACAGAGCUACGUGUUGUUUUUCCCAACAAUAGUCAUGUUUUUUGUUUUGGCUGGGAAAAAAAAGUGAUUUGUUGUUUUUCCAACAACAAAUGUUAUUAGUUUUUUCCCCAAAAUGAAGAAAACUCAGUCCUUUAUUUUUCUGAAAAAACAAGCCAUGUUUGUUGCUUUUCCAAAAAGGAAUAUGUGACAAAAAGAUGUUUGUUUAGAGAUAAUUGUUAGAGAUAAUAAAUGAGAUAAUUGGCAUUUUCAUGGCAUUUUCAUGAGUUCUAUUUGUCCGGUUUGAAAUCAUUUUUCCCUAAAAAAAACCAAGAAUAAGCCAUUGUCAGUCUUUUCAUUGGACAGUGUUGACUAGUUGAAUCUUACCUCAUUUGUAUGCUCUGACUCCCUUAAUUGCGUGUUUUUAUGCUUCUGUAUGUUUUUGUAUGAAAUAUGGAUCAGAGAAGGCCAGUACAAAUCAUCACUUGAGUAUUUGUGCAAUAUGUGGAGGGGCGAUGACAUGGUGUUGUCGCUUUGUUUUUAAUGUUUUAAAAACAGUUUAUGAUUUCCUGCCUUCAUUUUAACCACUUAUAUACGGAGCAAAAUCAUGCUGCUGAUGACAUCAUCACAUCCUGUAUUAAAAUGUAUCAUAGAAGAAUUGCAGGAUUAAUGUAUCCGUCACAAUAUGCCCAACCCUUGUACGCAAUGUCUACAUCUUUUUUUGUACAACUGUUUGAUAACUACUCUUUUCUCCCUGCAUUUUGAAGAAUUGGGACCAACUCUCAAUGAAGGCACUUACCAAAUGCACAAUGUUUUGUUUUUGUAUAGUUCCUUUUUCUUCAUAGUUACUGUAUACAUUUGACUUGGCACACAAACUGACAAAAGUGACAAAAACAAGUGUACAUUUAUUGAGACUGCGUAUUAUGUUGUAUGUGAAGGAAUACACAUUUUUUUUUAAAAGAAAAUUACCUGAAUAAAGUGAUGACUGAAUUAAAUAUCCUUUUAUACACAGCCACAAGUCUGUGGCUGUGCACGUCUGAAAAAGAAAUUCGUGAUAAGGAAAUGAUGCUACAGAUGUGCAAAAAGCCAGAAAAAAGAAAAUUUUACAAUAAAUAAACGGGACUGGGGCUGUGCAAAAGAUUAUAGAUUGGUAAUCCCGCUAUUAUUUUAUCAUUACAAUAUUGUCAAAUUGUUGUUGCUUUAGCUAUAUUGUACUGAGCAACCACAACAGGCAUUGUACAUCCAUUCCAGUGUUCUAAGGUUGUAAUGUCUUGGUGAAGCAGCAUGUGGCUCAUUGUGUUAUUUUCAUACCAUUUGUUCCAAGUUACUGCAAACAAUUGUAUGUUUAUGAUCAUAAGCAGGUCACCAUGAUUAGUGUUAGACCAAAGAUCUUAUAUACUGCAUUCCAUGCAUCGUCUCUGUACAAUUACCUUUUUUUCCCAAAUAAAAACAACCUAUUUAAAUAGAAGAA